UACAGCCAUAAACGUCUUUAUCAUUACCUCUAAAAAGGUUGUCUCCUUCUUUUCUCAAACAUAUAUACUUCAUUUUUUCUGUUAUCUUGUUUAAUUUCCUUAAUCAUGUCUUCCUCUGAAGAUGUCUCUUCAUCCUCUCCAUUGCCUGCUGAUGAGGCCUCCUCUCCUCAAAAGAUUCAGCUGGUUUCUAAGUCUGUUUCAGAUCGACUUCUCAACAAAUUCUUUGAUGUAAGUGAAUUUGAUUUUGAUUAUGAACAAAGUGGAUUGUGGUCUCCUCCUAUUAGAAGAAGUGCUUUCUUCAGCUCCCCAGAUCGGAUUUUAACUGAAGAAGAAAUGCUCCAAAAACUUAGAAAAGUUGUGGAUGAACGUCGUCGUUUUACAAGGCAUAAAGCUUUCCGUAAUGCAGUUUGCUGCUUCUGAUGGGCUAACUGGAAAUGUAGUUGAAGAUUAUAAUUACCUCUCCAUGAAAGAAUGUGGAGAGAAGAAUGCAACUUUUUUCUACUUGACUAUACAUGUGGCUUUGUAAUUCUUGUCAUAGAAUCCAUGGCACGAACACGUGUUCUCUUCGUAUAGAGUUAAUUGAUGAUUGAUAGAUA